AUGUCCCUGCCAGCAGUAGAAGCUGACCCAGCAGAUCACAUGCAGGACAGAGGGCUUGACCACCCACAAGAGAAAAGGGGCUGGACCCUCGUCACAGCUUGCAGCAGAAGGAGACGUUUGCCCCCAACAUCCACGGUGCCACCAACCCCCAUGGUGUCCUUGGGAAAUAGAUUUGAGGCUCUUAGGCAGGAAAAGGAAGAGGUUGAGGGUCUGGACAGUAGUCCGAACCCGGGAAGCAACCUGGAGAAGCGUGUCAACACUGGGGGAAGUACUCGGUGUAGGGACUGGGACCAGACGGGGCGCUGCAUCACAACCAGUGCCACAAAAAAAGAACGGAGAGUCUUAGUGGCAGGCGACUCCUUGCUCAGGGGCACUGAGGCUCCCAUUUGUCGACCAGACAAUCUAUCCAGAGAGGUGUGCUGUCUUCCUGGGGCAUGUGUCAGAGACAUUAGGAAGGCUCUGCCACAACUCAUUAAACUGGAGGACUACUAUCCUCUUGUUGUCAUUCAGAUUGGAUCCAGGGAAGCUGCAACUAGAAAAAUGAGGUACAUUAAAAAGGACUUUGCAUCCCUGGGAAGGAUGUUGAAGGGAUCGGGGGUGCAGGUAGUGUUUUCCUCUGUCGUCCCGCUGGUGGCUGGGACCCAGAAAGAAGGAGGAGAACAGGACAGGGACGCGACGAGGAAGGCUAAAGCCCACCUAGAGAUGAGGCUUGCAAAAGAGGUAAAAGAUAAUAAGGGUUUUUUUAAGUAUGCAAACAGUAAAAGGAAGACUAGGGAUAAUGUAGGUCCCUUGCUGAACGAGGGGGGUGUCCUGGUAACGGGAGACGCUAAGAAGGUGGAGAUACUGAAUGCUUUCUUUGCUUCAGUCUUUCCUUCAAGGACUCCCCCCUGGGACUCCUCGACCCUAGUGGGGGGAGAAAGGGGCUGGGAAAUGGAGGGCUCCCCCGUGGUUGACCUGAGGGUAGUUGGUGAGCGCCUGAGUGGGCUCAACGCACACAAAUCCAUGGGUCCCAAUGGGAUGCAACCACGUGUGCUAAGGGAGUUGGCAAAGGUGAUCGCCGAACUGCUCUCUAUCAUCUUUGAAAGGUCCUGGAGAACAGGAGAGGUGCCUGAAGACUGGAGGAUAGCCAAUGUCACUCCGGUCUUCAAGAAGGGCAAGAAGGAGGAUCCGGGAAACUACAGCCCAGUCAGUCUCACCUCUGUCCCUGGAAAGGUGUUGGAACAGCUUGUUCUGGAUGUCAUCUCCAAGAAAUUGGAAGAGAAGAAGGUUAUGAGGAGUAGUCAGCAUGGAUUCACCAAGGGGAAGUCAUGCUCGACCAACCUCGUUGCCUUCUAUGAUGACAUCACCAGCUGGGUAGAUGAGGGGAGAGCAGUGGAUGUCAUCUACCUUGACUUUAGCAAGGCUUUCGAUACUGUCUUCCAUGAUAUUCUGCUAGCAAAGCUGAGAAAGUGUGGGAUAGAGGAGUGGACAGUAAGGUGGGUUGAGAACUGGCUGACUGGCCGAGCUCAGAGGGUGGUGAUCGGCGGCGCAGAGUCUGGCUGGAGACCUGUGACUAGCGGUGUUCCCCAGGGGUCGGUGCUGGGUCCGGUUUUGUUCAACAGCUUCAUCGACGACCUUGAUGAGGGAUUAGUGUCUGCCCUCAGCAAGUACGCCGAUGACACGAAGCUGGGAGGAGUGGCUGACACGCCAGAAGGCUGUGCUGCCAUUCAGCGAGACCUGGACAGGCUGGAGAGAUGGGCAGGAAGAAACCAAAUGAGGUUUAAUAAGAGCAAGUGUAGAGUCCUGCACCUGGGAAGGAACAACCGGAUGUAUCAGUACAGGCUGGGGGACGACCUGCUGGAGAGGAGCUCUGAGGAGAAGCACCUGGGGGUCCUGGUAGACGACAGGUUGACCAUGAGCCAGCAGUGUGCCCUGGUGGCCAAGAGGGCCAAUGGGAUCCUGGCGUGCAUUAAAAGGAGUGUGGCCAGCAGGUCAAGGGAGGUGAUCCUCCCCCUCUACUCUGCCCUGAGAAUAUACUCGUUGCUGGCCAAUGCCAAGGAGUGGACACACUUGAAAUUCAUUGAAGGUCAUGGUGACUGGGAGAGGUUACUGAGCUGGCAAGAAAGGAAAUGUCACUCAGGUCCUGAAGAAGGAGGAUCCGUUCUGAGGCAGUCACGUUCUGCAGCGGAUCUGGGGACCGUGGCAAGCAGGCGCUUUUCUGCAUCAAGUCCACUGCUGGAAGCCAAGGGAGCUGCCAGGACCCAGCAGCCCUUGCAAGGGUGGCUGACGAGCGGUGGGCGGAGCCAGAAGCCCCCACAUAUCCUACAAAGGCAGCUUCUUAGGGAGCACAAGCAACCAGGAGUGCAGGGACCAGGGCGGGCAAACAGGGUGUGGUGCGUCAGUUUGCAGGGCAGUUUGCGCAGCCAGGGUGAGCAGGGAGCCCUCCCCACUCAGGAGACUGGCUCACCUUCUGGCUACCACCCAGACAGCAAACCCAGCCAUGGUUACCACCAGGUGGCAAGCGCUCGCCAAAGCGUUCACCAAAAAGACUGUGGCAACCCAGACCAAGUGCCUGCCCAACGAUAA